CACAAGCAGUUCUGACGCGGAAACGCAAGGGGUACCGUUUUUGAGCCACACUAGCCGGCAUGUAAAUAACAUAAAACGGUUCUUUGCAUAUGUACAUACACCUUCAACUUUAGAUUGAAUGAUUAAAACGGCCCAUUAAGUGAGCUGGCAGAGCCGUGCACGGGGUUAUGUUUUCAUUCUGAGGGGUGACUUUGUGCAUGAGAUCUCUCCCAGCUUGUGAAGAUGCGGUCCAUCCGUCCAUCGCUGCUGCUGCUGCCCUGUCUGCUGCUGCUGCUUGGGAUCUCCCGGACGGCUGAUGCCAAGAGAGAUCUGAAAAGCGCGUGCACUACCUGUCGACAGGUGACGGAUAACUUCAAAAAGGGGAUUGAAAGAACUGCAAAGCAGGGCUUUGGUGGUGGGAACACUGCCUGGGAGGAGAGAACGCUGUCAAAAUAUGAAACCAGUGAGAUCCGUCUGACGGAGAUCUUGGAGGCGGUGUGCGACAGCAGCAGCUUCGAGUGCAACCGCAUGGUGGAGGAGCAUGAGGACCUGUUUGAGACCUGGUGGUUCAAGAGGAAGACCAAACACCCGGACCUCCAUAAGUGGUUCUGUGUGGAGUCCGUUAAGGUGUGCUGUCCUAAGGGGGCGUAUGGACCACAGUGCAAAGACUGCGUGGGGGGCUCGGACCGCCCCUGCCAUGGCAACGGGGCAUGCGAUGGCGACGCGACCCGGGGCGGCGACGGCCGCUGCAGCUGUAACCACGGUUACGAGGGGGAGUCCUGCCUGGAGUGCAUCGACGGCUACUUCGGCGAGGUGAAGAACGACACCUUCACCCUCUGCUCAGAAUGCCACGCCUCCUGUCAGUCUUGUUCUGGGGGAACCAAUCAGGACUGUGACGAGUGCAAGGCAGGCUGGGAAGAAGACGAGCAGGACGCCUGUGUCGAUGUGAAUGAGUGUUCCAAGGACCCGGCCCCCUGUGGUGAAGAGGAGUACUGCAUCAACAACGACGGUUCCUUCUCCUGCAAGGGGUGUGACAAGGUGUGUUCCGGUUGUACGGGCGCCGGGGCGAACGGGUGUCGGGACUGCGCCGCCGGUUACCAUGACGUCGAGGGCACCUGCACAGACGUGGACGAGUGCUCCGGCGGCGGGGGGGCGGCGGCGGUGUGGGCGGCGGACCACCAGCAGUGUGUCAACACCCCGGGGGCUCACCUGUGUGUGUGCGCCGAGGGCCACGAGGAGGGGGACGGGGGGUGCGUCCCCCGCGCCCUGUCGGAAGAGCCGGAUGAGGAAGAGCCGGCGACUGAGCCUCCACAAGCACAUGAUGACCUUUGACUUCAGCACACGGACCAAUAGGAACCGUUCCGGAUGAGAAGUGGUGCUUCCUAUUGGCUGAGAGCCUUCGGACAGCGGUUCUCCUCCCGCCCCCCCCCCCCCCCUCGACACCCUGCUGUCUGGGGGGGGGGGGGACUUUUAAAAAUACUUUGAACAAUGCAGCACUUAUCACGUCCAGACGGACAGACGUCCUUCUCCGGCCAGGAGGACUUUUCUACCUGUGGAUUGGAGGAGGCCGAAGAUCUCGUCGGCCUAUCACGCGCUCGUUUUCUGCUUGUCAUGCGAUGUAUUUCCUUUGUUACCGUCUUUAAACUGUUGCAUUACGACGCUGGUAUCAAUAAAGAUGUAAUGUUAAAUUAAUGUGGUUCCGAUUUGUUGAAAUGGAUUAAGAUUUAUGCAUAAAAAUAAACUAAC